AUGCUCCGUAUUAUACCCAUUGAAAAGUUAGUGUUACUUAUACCAAUGCAGUUCAUACUAAGUAUGGCUCACCGUAUUGCUCGUUUAUCUUCUAAAUCAAGUCUCCUCUUACUAUGUGAUAUGCAAGAAAAGUUUCGUCCAACAAUCAAAUAUUUUCCGCAAAUAGUUGAAACAUCGAAUAAACUGUUGAAGGUGUGCAAAUUAUUAGAUGUACCCUAUAUUGUCACGGAACAAUAUCCAAAAGGCCUUGGACGAACGGUUAGUGAACUGGAGAUUGGGACUGUUAAACCAUAUGAAAAAACAUUAUUUUCCAUGUGUGCACCCAAUGUUACAAAUCAUUUGAAAAGUCAAGCUAAAGAUAUGAAAACGGCGAUAAUCUGUGGAAUUGAAGCGCACGCAUGUGUAUUACAGACAGCCAUCGAUUUAUUAGAGCAAAAACACAAUGUUUACAUCGUAGUUGACGCUGUUUCCUCGAGAACAAUGGUUGACAGAAUGUAUGCGUUUGAUCAUAUGCGACAAGCCGGUGCAUUUUUAACAACGUUUGAGUCGAUUGUAUUACAGCUGACGCAAGAUGCUAGUCAUCCAAAAUUCAGAGAAAUUCAACAAUAUAUUAAAACACCAGCAGCAGAUACAGGACUGCUUCAAAUGAAUACUGGAGUAAUAGCUUCAUGA